UGCUACAACUACGGUUAUCACGACGACGUCGGCUAUCAUACAAUCAACUGGAGGUGGGGAUAGCAGCAGCAUACCCACCACACAAUAUAACGGAAUAUCUAUUGCUCCCCCAACAUUUACAAAUCCGAAUCAAGGCAACAAUCCUACCAUUGCUCCAAAACCUAUUUCAACUGGGAAUGUAGCUGGAGCGGCUGUUCCUGCGGCUACAACUACGCAAAACCCGCAAAAUAUACUUCCCAAUUUUCCGUCUCCUACGAGUUCAAGCGGUAAUAAUAAUAAUCAACAAAAUCCAUUACAAGCCAAUGCCGGAAAUAAUUCACCUGCAUCAGUUACUAAUAGCUAUCAGCCAAAUUCACAGCAAGUCAAUGCAGGAAAUAAUUCACCAGCAUCAGCUACUAAUAGUCAUCAGCUAAAUUCACAGCAAGUCAAUGCCGGAAAUAAUUCACCUGCAUCAGCUACUAAUAGCUAUCAGCCAAAUUCACAGCAAGUCAAUGCCGGAAAUAAUUCACCUGCAUCAGCUACUAAUAGCUAUCAGCCAAAUUCACAGCAAGUCAAUGCCGGAAAUAAUUCACCUGCAUCAGCUACUAAUAGCUAUCAGCCAAAUUCACAGCAA